AUGCAGAUCUCCCAAACUGCUAUCAAGCCAGUUACUCAAGCCUUCCAUGUCAUAGUGCCCAGAUCUCCGGCCACCCCCAUCAGCCAGAUAUCGCUCCUUGUAACCUUCGAGAGGAACAACAACUUUCGGACAGAAAAGAUUAUAUUCGAUGUGGUUGACUUCGAGAUGGCGUACAACGCUAUCCUGGGUCGACCGACCUUAGCCAAGUUCAUGGCUGCCACACAUUAUGCUUAUCAGUGCGAGAAGAUGCUGGGACCUGAAGGGGACACCACUAUCCGGGGAUCCCCCAAAGCAGGACUCCGCUGCGACAAAAGGAGCCUCGACAUAGCGGCUUAA